GUCGCCUUGGGUGUUAAGAGUUCAUAUUGUAUUACUCUGCCAGCAUGAAUUAGUCUCGCUCUUUACAUUAAGUCUCUCAACAUGGAUCCCCUCACGAUAACCACGACAGUGAUCAAAGUCUCGUCAGCAUGCCUAUCAACCGCAAAGAUGCUGUACGAGGUUCGUGCAAAGUACAAGGAUGCUCCCAUGUACAUUGUUUCGAUAACUUCAGAGACCACCGUGAUCAGUGCAUCGUUAUCGAGCGUCCAGAGCCUACUUCUCCGCGAACCUGAUCUUCCUAAUCUCCUUGCAUCGAGACCAGAACUCAUCGCGGCGCUAGAUGCUGCUUUGACAGGAUGUAUGGUGUUAUUCAGUUGUCUAGAUGAUGAAAUGAGCCACAUAACCGCAUCUUCACAACCUGGAGCCAUAUCGUGGAGGAGCAAGGCGCGAAUGGUCUGGAAUAGAGAUAAGUUAAGAGAGCUACUUGAAGCCUUGCGCGGAUUGCAGAUGUCGAUGAAUAUGCUCAUACAGCUUCUACAAGUAGACUCGCUUGCGGAGAUCAAGAAGAUAGUCGAAGAAGGCAGACCUGCAUUUGCAGAUACCAUCCAGAGAACGCAAUCUCUUCGCUCCUCGUAUCCGCAAAUUGGCGUUCCUGAGUCGGUAUACUCCCGAGACGAUCGAGAGGGCGGCGGUGAAGUUGAGGAGUAUGCAGCCAGCAUUUGGUCCGAUCGACAGUUCGACUUCGACGAUCUUAUAGUGAACAGUAAGGCCUAUCGUCGCGCACUUGCAGCUGCGAGAGCGGGCAAAGAACCCGUAGAUGGAACCAGCGGUCAGACGAACGAGCAAGCCGUGUUCGGGGGUGAUCUGAUUGAUUUCUCGGACGCUGCUACCAUAACUCAGAAGACAGUCGACCAAUCCUCGAUACACGGCGCCACUAGAGAGCUUGCUGGCUUGACCCUCUCAGGCGAACUUCCGGCAGACUUAACUCCGCAAGUUCUCAUCCAGUCCAUCAACGAACAUACACUUUCGACUCGAUCUUCAAUAGAUCCAAACACAGAAACCUUUUCACCUGGAAUCCGGCCUACACCAGCAAAUGUAGGGCACAAGUCGCCCGAAGCGUCUCCAGCUGCAACCCCGAAUAUAGAGGGUGAUGUGAUGGGCGCACCUCACCAAUCUAGACCAGCACUCGGUCAUACAACAACUCCUCGCCAAGUCAAACUAAAGCAUCAGAAGAGCUACCAAAAGACAGGAACUGGAUUCGAUGCUGUACUGCCACAGCAAGGAGGGCAGCAACCGUCUGGUAGUAAAUCUACUAUUUUUCAGAAAAAGAAACAAUGGACCGGCGGCCCUCGAACAUGUGACAAGUGCACACAAAAUCUAACUGGUCAAUUCGUGCGCGCUUUAGGCGGCAUGUAUCAUCUUGACUGCUUCACAUGCAUUGACUGCGGCAUCAUCGUGGCCAACAAAUUCUUUCCUCUUCCCAUCGAAGAAGGACCCGACCAAGCCCUCUGCGAAACUGACUACUUCCGCCGCCUUGAUCUCCUCUGCUUUACCUGCGGUGGCGCUCUCCGGGGAUACUAUGUCACAGCACUUGGACGCAAGUACCACACUGAACACUUCACAUGCGCGCUCUGCUCAAAAGACUUGCAAGAUGAAGGGGGCUGCUACUACGAACACGAUGGCAACCUUUACUGUCAUUACGAUUACAGCACUAGGUUUGCACAAUGCUGUUCAGGAUGCCAGACCGCCAUCCUCAAACAAUUCGUUGAAAUUUUCAGGAACGGUCAGAAUCAGUCCUGGCACCCUGAAUGUUACAUGAUACAAAAGCACUGGAAUGCGCGGCUUGGGACGUAUCGCCCAGUGACGAAAAGCGACUAUCCACGGGGAAGCGAGGUUGACGAUGUUACCCGGGAUCUCGUACGAAGAAAAUUGGAAGAAGCGGAAGAGAGAGUCGCAAAAAUAUGGAGUGUUCUUUCGGGUUUCGAGGAGUAUACUACCACAAUGAUAUCAGACCUCUUGCUCCACGUUUCGAAUGGGGAUGCUCUUCUCGCCGCGCCCCCAAUGGCCAGAUUCAUCGACAGCAUAAGCGGAUACAUCGAAUGUUUGUUAGCCGUAGAUAUCGUCAGGACGUCAAGGGGGCUUGAGAGGCUUAUGAUAUCGCGCGAGUUCAAGUUACUCUGCAAAAAGUUUGUGACGAUUCUCCAAGUCAUGACCACCACCUCGGGACAUAAGCUUGGCGUCACACAAGAGCUUUUAUCUCUUCUUACGGGUUUGGCGCAUUAUACUAAGCUCCUCAUCAGAAUUGGCUUACAAGGCGCACUUCAGUCAUCUGCUCUUGAUAUUUUCCUCGAUCGUGUCCCCACAAAAGGACAACGACAGCCUUUUUCAAAUGCAGAAGAGAUAAAGAGACUGCUGAAACUAGCACAGAACUCAUCAGACGACUGCGACUGCUGCGGUACAAAGGUAGAAGGGGCUUGUUAUAUGGUCUCAGAUCUCCCGUACCACAUGGAGUGCAUUUCUUGCCCUCAGUGCAAGAAAGCUGAUGCGUAUGCCUCGGAGAAUGAUCGGCAAGAGUACGAGCUCGGUAACUGCAAAUUCUGCGGUCGUCUUCGCGAUGAGAACAUCACCUUCCUUGGCACUAGGAGACAGUUCAUAUACCUGCUCUGGGUUGCCUUUGCGAGGUUUUUGCUCGUCAGCAAAAUCGACUGGACCGUAGCACUGAAAGCUGAAAGGUAACCUCCAUUCCGCUUUUCUAGAGUGAAGACCAAUCAGAGCUGAGCACUGCUGACCAAAAUAUAGCAGUUUACCCAAGCAAACCAAUAUGCCUGAGGAAGCCGACAGGAACCGAAUAACUGGGCCCGAUACGUCCAUCAACUCAUGGCUUCUUGAUGAUAUACCGCGUAUUGUUGCCGCGCAUCAAAGUUCUC